CCCAUCUUCAGCCGCGACCUGGGCGAGGCGCGGCGGCGCGUGCGGGAGCUGUACCGGGCCUGGUACCGCGAGGUGCCCAACGCCGUGCAUCUGUAUCAGCUGGACAUCACGGUGAAGCAGGGGCGGAACAAGGUGCGGGAGAUGUUCAUGAAGAAUGCCCAUGUUACGGACCCUCGGGUGGUUGACAUGCUGGUUAUUAAGGGAAAAAUGGAACUUGAAGAAACUAUUAAAGUAUGGAAGCAGAGGACUCACGUCAUGAGGUACUUCCAUGAAACGGAAACUCCACAACCUAAAGACUUUCUCUCCAAAUUCUAUGCAGGCCACGAUCCUUGAGACAGACUGAGUGUGUCUUGCUGCCUUGCAUUAAAAUAAACAUCUAUAUAUUAGAAAGAAAAUCUGUU